CUCCUUUAACAACUAGCAUUUUAUAUCAAUCAUAAUUUUAGUUUUUUAAUUUUGCUCCAAAUAUGUAUUAUUCUUCUAUAUAUAUAAAAGUUAUGUAUUUAUUUGGUUUUCUCCUACUUAGAGUUUUUUCUAAAGGAGACCAAAAUGUGCCUUAUGAUGUUCAUUAUAAUAUUAUAUAUGGAAAUCAACAUGUUGUAUCCUUCAACCAAGGUAGAGAACUUCAAAUUUCAAUGGACAAUUCAUCUGGAUCUGGCUUUGGGUCUAAGAUGAAUUAUGGUUCAGGAUAUUUUCACAUGAAAAUAAAGUUACCAAACAGAGAUUCUGCAGGAGUUGUCGUUGCUUUUUAUCUACAUUCAAAUACAAACCUUCAUGAUGAAAUUGAUUUUGAGUUUUUGGGAAAUAGAGAAGGUCAACCAUAUAAUUUGCAAACAAAUGUAUUUGCAAAUGGUGAAGGAGGUAGAGAGCAAAGAAUACAUCUUUGGUUUGAUCCAACUGCUGAUUUUCACAACUACAAAAUCUUGUGGAACAAUCAUCAAAUAGUGUAAGAUAAUUAUUUUAAAAUUUAUAACAAGUACUCCCUCCGUUUAGAGAUAAGCAUCUAGUAUCCUCUGAAUUAUGAUUAAAGUUGCUACGACAUACUUCAACUUCACAAGGAUCUAUCACCUCUAAACUCAAUUUUAGUGUAUUUCUGUCACUUUUUUAUGUUGACGUGACACAUUUAUUACAUAAAAAUGAGGCACACAUCAAAAGUGUCACGUCAGCUAAAAAGGUACAAAAAUAUGUUAAUUAAAUUUGAAUCAUAGUUCAGCGGGUACUAGAUGUUUUACUCCUCCGUUCAUAAAUACUUGUCCACUUUUAACUGAAAAUUUACCUUAGGAAACAAUAAAUAGAGGGGUGAUUUUACAAUAUCAUUUCUUGAAUAUAAUAAAUUUUUUGCUUUGAAAAAUGCGAUGAGUGAUCUAUUGUUUAAUACCAAGGGUAAAAUGGAUAAAAAUAGAUAAAUUAUUCAUUGAUUUUAUAAAUUGGACAAAUAUUAUUAAACAUCCAAAAUUAGA